AUGAAAGCCUUCUCUCCAUGGGAUUCCUGUUCCUCAAUUCCAAACCAAUCAAAUCUUCAGUGCUUUCUUAAAUGCACCACUCCUUCUCUUAAGAAACGUAGUAAGACUUGCAAUGGUGAAGCUGAGGAAACAAAUGAAGGGUUCAAACUCGGUGAGCUUUGGCAGUGUUUUACCGAGUGGAGUGCUUAUGGGGUUGAUGUUCCGAUUCGACUCAACAAUGGCGACCGAGUCGUUCAGUACUACUCGCCUUCUUUAUCUGCGUUGCAGUUAUAUACUAUCAAACCCAUUUCGUCCUCCACAGGCUCCGGCCAACAAAUUGGUGAUGAUUUUAGGGGUAGAGACAAAACUAAGAAGACAUCGAGCAAACAUAAGAGCUCGGAUUUGGCUUCCAAUCCAACGACGAAUGACGAUGAUUCACGUGAUAUUCAAAUCACAAUGGAUCAAUGUGGCUACUUGUGCUUCCAAUACAACGAGACGAUGAGUCCUUACGAUCGAAUUCCGUUUAAAGAAAAGAUCAGUGAGUUGAGCAAAGAGUACUCGGGCUUAGUUGAUCUCCACAGCAAGGAUCUUUCACCAUAUAGUUGGAUGGCAAUAGCUUGGUAUCCAGUGUAUCAAGUUCCAGGGGCAACAAAUGUGAGAGAACUGUCUGCUUGUUUCCUUACUUACCAUCCAUUGUCCUCCCUAUCUCUAGGUUCCGAAAACAUAAGGUUAGGGCCGGAGAUAGUCGAGGGCAAAAGAUCAGGCAUGUCGAGGGUGGAAGAAAUUUGCCUCCCUUCCUUUGCAAUGGUUACUUACAAGAUGUUUGGAACACUGUGGAUGAGCCCCGGAACAUCGGAUUCCGACACCGUUCUCUGUCAAAGGAACGCGGCGAGCUACUGGUUGGAACAACUUCUGUUCCACCACCAUGACUUCAACUUCUUCAUGUCUCGUCAGUUCCAAAACUACUAA